AUGGCAAGUGAGGACCAAGUGCGCUCCCAAUGCUGCUUCCUGGAAUGGAUGAAUCUCCAAGAGCAGGAGCUGGCAGAGCUCCACCAAGCCCUAAACAUACACGCCGCCACCAACAGCAAGGAAAACAUUAAUCUAACCCAACUCGCAGAAAACUGCAUCAAACACUUCCAAGACUACGCUGACAAGCGCACCCAACUAGCCCGCCACGACGUUUCUGCCUUCUUCGCCCCUGCCUGGUGCACCAACUUCGAAAACUCCCUCCUUUGGGUCGCCGGUUGCAGACCUUCCCAAUAUAUCCGCCUCGUUUAUACGCUGCACGGGUUGGAGAUCGAGGCUCAGCUUAUUCAGUUCCUUGAGGGAAUAGGUGAUAUCAAGAAUCUUGGUGAGCUCUCUUCAAAACAAAUACACGAAAUCAACAGCUUGCAGGGAAAGACGAUAAGGGCGGAGGAAAAGGUGACGACGAGGAUGGCGAUCUUGCAGGAGGACGCGGCGGACAAUCCGAUUGUGGUGAUAGUGAUGAAGGAGUUGAGGGAGGUGGGGGAGAUGAAUGGGAAAGUGGAGAGAGCUCUGGAUAAACACGAGCAAGACAUGGUGGGUGUUUUGGAGGAGGCGGAUAGGCUGAGGCUUACCACUCUCAAGGAGCUUCUAGCCAUAUUAACGCCGAGGCAGGCGAUGGGGUUUCUGGCGGCGAGUAAGCAGCUUCACCUUUGCGUGCAUGAGUGGGGAAAAAUGAGGGAUUUCAGGCAUGGUAGAGGAAACCAUAACAAUUUAUCUUAA